GGAUGGGAGCUGAAGAUGGCGGAGGGGAAGGAGCCGAAUAACAAGUGGGUUCGGCUCAAUGUCGGGGGCACGCACUUCCUGACCACCCGGCAGACCCUGUGCCGUGAGGAGAAGUCCUUCUUGUACCGGCUGUGCCAGGAGGAGGGCGAGCUGUUGUCCGACCGGGUGAGCGACGGCGGCCUGCGGUGGCAGGACGAGACGGGGGCGUACUUGAUUGACCGUGACCCCACGUACUUUGGGCCCAUAUUGAAUUAUCUCCGACAUGGCAAACUUGUCAUCAACAAGGAACUGGCGGAGGAGGGGGUUCUGGAAGAAGCGGAGUUUUACAACAUUGCGCCUUUGAUCAAAUUAGUGAAAGAGAAGAUCAAAGAAAGGGAUUGCAAGCCCACACAGAUUCCUACAAAACAUGUUUACCGAGUUCUCCAGUGUCAGGAGGAAGAGCUGACACAAAUGGUUUCCACUAUGUCUGACGGCUGGAAGUUUGAGCAGUUGGUCAGCAUUGGAUCUUCCUACAACUAUGGCAAUGAAGACCAGGCAGAGUUUCUAUGUGUUGUUUCCAAGGAGCUACACAACACCACCAACGGGAUAAGCUGUGAACCGAGUCGAAAAGCGAAGCUUUUACAAGCAAAAGGCUCCACGAUGUGAGGAAGUGCCCCAUAUGCCUUUUCUUCCUUUUUUUUUACUAGCUAAUGUGUAUCCCAGUACGGAAGAUGAGGAAUUCUACAGCAUAUCACAACACCAAAAGCCAUAGCAGGAUGCACAUGACAGUCUCUCUGCAAUUUUUUUUUUGUUAUUUGUUUUAUCUGUUUUUUAAAAAAAUCCUCCUCUCGAUGUCAGAUGCCUGCUUGAGAACAGCAGAGGGCUCGUCUAAAGUGAUCCCCGCCCUGCGGCCUUCCUCGGGACUGGAUUUCCUUCUGUGUCGGUUGUGGGAGCCAGGAGGUUCCUUACAAAAGGUCAUCGAGGCAUUUUUUGUACUGAAGCUGUGUCUAAUGCUGACAGAAUAACGGCAGCUAAUUUUUAUUUAAUAGGGUGUGAUUUAUGGUGGUAACACUAUUGGAACUCGGCCUCCUCAGGCUCAACCUUUGGCCUUCAGCUGCCAUUCUAAGGAUUGCGGUGCAUGUUGUUAAUGUAGGUGUGGUAGAAAAAAAAGUGAAUAUUAACCAGAUGCCAUUGUGUCCUCCCCGGGUCUUGUCUUUGUUUACAGUCGGUCAGAGGUCGAAGCUGUGGGUAGUUGUGGUGCUGAGGGUGGGGAGGGUGGGUGGGGA